UCUAAAAUGGCCGACGAAGCGCUGUCACGGGCUGGCUUACAUUUUGAUGAGCUGAAUAAAAUUCGCGUGUUAGAGCCUGAGGUACAACAACAAACAUCUGAGCUCAAAGAAGAGUGCAAGGAUUUCGUCGAUAAAAUAGGAGAUUUCCAGAAGAUAGUUGGCACAUUCAUUGAAGUUGUUGAUAAUGUUUCCAAAGAAGUUGAAAAAGAAAAGAUGAAGGCGAUUGGGUCCCGCAAUUUACUAAAGUCGAUAGCGAAGCAGCGGGAAGCCCAGCAGCAGCAGCUCCAGGCCCUGAUAGCCGAACGUAAAAUGCAACUGGAAAGAUUGCGAAUACAAUAUGAGAACUUGCAGAAAGAAGAAAGUGAGCAGAGUGAAUUUAUAGAACAGUUUAUAUUACAGAAAUAGUUUUUGUUUUAAAAAUUGUGAUUGUACCUUUUUUGCUUUAUUCCGUCCAUUUUGAUAUGACUUGUUAUAUGAUGCAUGCCAGUAUGAUGGUAUUUGCAGUGAUAUUCAUUGUUCCGAGUAAAUGUAUGUGCAGUCUGUACACCUUAUAUUAAAAUGAAGUCGAGGUUUAUUAUGAGUAAGGGAUUGGUGUUUAUAUUUAUAGUGGGUAUAUAUUUUACUAACCUGUUAAAUGUUCCAAGCAGAAUCAAUCAAAACAUUUAGUCAUAAUAAGUGGAAUAAGAUAAAGCUUGUACACUUUAACUUACAAAGAGCUUAAACUUUAAUUGAUAUCUCUUUUCACGUUAUAAUAUACAACAUUGGCAGUUAUUAGAGGAUGUUUGUUUAAUUUGGUGUAAAAUUUAAAUUUUCCCCAGAUGACCACAGAAAGCACUGAAAUUAAAAAUAAAAUCUCUCUCUUGCAUUCUUAAAUUUUAAAAUGUCAAUUUCAAUGGCAUAUGAAAAACUCCAUGUUGUAACUUCAUUUUUGAAACAUCAUUUUAAAAAUUUCAACCCAGUUCUAUAAAGCAAAAAAACAACAACAUUAAAAUUUACUUACAAGAAUGCUGUUAGUUAAAGGAUAUUUAUUGACUUUCUGAUGAACAAGUGGCCUCACAUAUCCACAAGGGGGAGGGGGGGACACUAUUUGUUGCAUGUAUUCUUCUGAACAUAUAUGGGUUGGUAGAAAAUGUGAUACACACAUUACUUUAGUUAAACUGGCAUAUCAUUUUAUUUUCAAUCUCUCUUACAUCUUGUUACUCCAUGCUAGCAAGUAAUGCAGAUUCUAACUUAUGUGGUGUCAACAAAAUUUUCUCUGUCAAAACAUUGUUGUAAUAUUUUUGUUGUCAAAAUUCAUAUUUUCUUUGUAUGUUAAUUUGUUUUGAGUACAUUUCUAGGCAUAAUUAUUUAAGGUAAAGGGAAAAUGUUCUUACAAAUAGAUCUAUGACCAUGUGAUUAUUAUUGUUCAUUAAUGAUUGGAAUUCGACUAAAUAAACCAUUACAACAUUA